UGCAAGUUGCAAAUACCUCUGCUUCAUUUGUAAUUCACCUAAUCCUCUUGUCAUUACAGAGCACGAAAUUAGUACUAAAUACUGAAAUGGCUUUCAAACAAAAGUUAACAGAGCCAAUGGGAUAGAAAUCAAGUAGAUCUACAAUCUCUCCAUAAUCCAUACCAGGUUAUAACACUAAAAUGUAACUAAACAACAACAAAGCCAUAGUCCCAAAAUGAGGCUAAGGGACAUAACAAAAUAAUCAGUUGAAACAGUUUUAAAAAAAAGGUGUGUAAAGUGAGAAAAAGAAAGAGCACCAAGUAAAAAUUAAGAGAGUUUUAAAAGGGAACCAAGAAUAAAAUUUAAGAAAGUUUUAAAGGAGUGGUAAAAGCGUGUGAGUAAAAAGCAUAAAGGUUUGAGAAAAUUUUAGCAAAGGAAAUCAAUAAAGUUCGUAAAAUACGAAUUGGGUAAUAUAAUAAAAGUAAACACUUAAAUGUCACUAAUUAUAUAUAUAAUUUUUUUUUUGGGUAAAAAUUAACGGUAAAUAUUAUCCAAAACCAAUGGCAUUUAUGGAGUUAUGCAGUUCCACGGUUGAAGGGUUAAGACUUAAGAGUAUCAAUAUCAAAGAUAGGUAUGUCUUAAGACAGACCAUUUAUCUCCCUAACUUACAGCACAUAUUAAGGAAAAAUUGAUACUGUUCCCCUUUUCAAGUAGCAACCAUGACAGCUCCAUGCAAAUUGUAUAUCCCAACUUAAACUGCAAACCCAUAGUUGGCCAACCAAUAUCAUUUUUUAGUUCAAUGGCUUUGAACAAAUUUUAGCAGCUAAAAAAAUCUUAUGGAGGCAGAAGUUAAGAAAGCAACAGAAGUAAUGACUGUAAACCAGCAUUAUUGUCACUUCUGAAGUUCUGAGUAGCUUUCAUUUCCCAGCGGCACUUAUGACCAUAAUGAGAUUAUGUGAAGUUCUAAUUACAGCACUCUCCCCCCCCCCCCAACACACACACACACACACAUAGAGAGAGAGAGAGAUGCAUCAAAAAUUAUUAAUGUAAUAUCCUAUCUUUAAACUGGGAUUAGAACUCACGUCUUAAGUGGAAACAUGAUCCAUAGGUUGAAACGUUCCAAACCAUAUGUUUUAUCCCUUUCUUUACUCCUCCAUAACCCCAUUGCCUCACAUCCUUCUCAAAAAAAAGGGGAGGAAACAAAGAAAAAGUAAAUCGUCUACUAAUGGACUAGCCAUUAGUUCAUUACAUACUAUUUUGAUUCUUGUACAAUAUCAAGAUUAUAAAUGUUCCAGUCAUUUUCAUUCAUUCAAGAAUUCAUAUAGCCCAGAUCUUCUCUAGUCUAAUAAUAAUAAUUCCUCACCUGAAUCUUAAGUUCUUAACAAUAUACUCCUUAAUAGUAGAUCACAAUCAGCUGGCCUUAGUAUAGCCCAAAGUGGUUCCUAAACCCUUCUAGGCAAAAAGGUGACAGUUAUUAAAUAAGAAAUUUUUAAAAAAAAAUGGACUAUAAUGAUCUUAAUUAAUAAGUGGCUCAUUGAACUCUCCACAUAACCUAAUUCAACAGACAGUUCUAUCGUAUCAAAUAAAAAUCAACUAGAAAUGACCACUGUUAUAGCACGAAAGCAGAUUCUGACAUAAAACAAAAGUUUCAUCAGAAGUAUUGGGUUAAUGUUAAUGUCUAAACAUUGUGUUUUAAUGUUUCUUAUUCUUUAAGACCAAAAUUUAAAGCUGUUCUCCAAUAUGGCUGCUCAUGCUUUUUAUCUCCACCGUCCAAACUGAUAUAUUCCUCUUUUCCAUUACAAUGAUCCUCUGCAGCAGCUGAUGUCUUGCAAACUUGCAGUUAUUCCACCCACUUGUGAUUUUACACCAUUAAAUUAAAAAAUAAAUAAAUAAAUAAAUAAAAAAUUAAAAAAAAAAAAAAAAAAAAAAAACAGAGAAUCUAACUACUUUGUGCCUUCUAUAUAGUUAGGUGUUGCAAUUCCCUCAAAGCAUCAAGCAAGAGAACUCAAAGGAAAUUCUCCUUGAAUAAUUUUCAACAUUCUCAAUAUAAUGGCCUCAACCAAACUGCAAAAACCCACAAAUGAAGAACACAAGUUUACCCAGAAGAUAUCCGAGGUGACCGCUUGGGGAGGCAGAGUGUUCAGACACAAACAACAAGAACACCAAGCAGUGGCCAAACGCUGUACUACAUGCCAAUGCUCGGCAUCCAAGGAUACAAAACCAAAAUGUACUCAUAUACAGAAGAAAGAACGUGCUGACACCAUACCUGUCAAAAAUAUUAAAUAUGGGGUAUGCACGGAGACAAAGGAGGAGAAGGAAGAGCACUCAAGUACAGUCAAUAAGGAUGCCAAACAUACGACUUGCAUUGAGCUGAGGAAGAAGGCAAAACAACAUACAACAAAUGUCCAAAUUAAGGAUUCUAAGCAGCCUGCUCAUGCUGAGAUGAGGAAGAAAGAAAAGGAGCAACAUGCAAAAAGCAACACAGCCAACGCAUGCAACAAAAUAAGCAAUAAAGUGCACAUUCAGAACAAGGAAGAACCAACCAACCACUGCUUUUCAACCAUGGCAGAUCAUUGGAAGGAGAGGAUGAUGAUGAUGAAGAAGCCCAAGGAAGGCAAGUGCAAAGAUAGCAGCAGCAGCAGUGACAGCAACAGUGAAGAUGAGUCCUGUGGGAUAAUGAAGACUGACAAGAGAGUGAAGAGACAUUCCCAAGGGACCAAAACCUCAUCUAAAUGAGAGAGACUUCUGAAGAAUCGGCAAGGAAAAAGAUGAUAAGUAUGAACAAUGUAGUGUUGCUAUAGUACAAGGUUGAAAUGUUACUUUCCAACAAUAAGCCCCUCUUCCUUUUAGGAUGAAAUUUUCUAUAGCUUUGGCAUUGGUUUUUAGUUUGCAAAAGCUUUACAUUAUGGUCAGUUUGAUACAUGACACUUGAA